GUGUACAUAUAAAUAAGUAUGGAAAUACAAUCCUAUUUCAUUGGGCAGCAAGUAAAUAAGCAAUAGUGGUAUGAUAUCUAAGAUGUUGAAACAUAACUAGUGAACAUUUUCUUCUUAGUUUGUAACUAUUCAUGUUAAAAUUCCUUGAAUUAACCCAUGAAAAUAUAAAAAAUAAAAUUGUCUUAUGAAUAACAAGUUUGAUAAAGUGUAUUUUUCUUUCUCAUUUGAUAUGGCCAACUAAAAUAUCAAAAGACAUGUCUGAUGUUUGGAGGCUGGCACAGUUUAAGGAAAAAUGCAAAUGGCUAUAAAUGUGGUCCAGUUGCUAGGGGCCUGACGUGCAAUCACAGGACUGGGGGGAGAGGGGGGGGAUCGGUCAUUAGAAUCUUUUUUUGUGGGGAGGGGUCUGUCAUAACUUCAAACAAUUGCUAAGUGACUGAUCAUAAGUCAAGGACUAUCUGUACUUGAUGAUCAUCCAAUCUGCAGAUUUUCCUUCUGUCUCCCAAGGUCAUUCCCAAAUACCAUUAUACCCCUUCUUGGUUUUCAAAACACUGAAAAGUUGGGUAUCAUUCACAAACUUAGUCAGCUCACUGCCUAUCCUUAAGCUAGGUCCAUUCUGAACAUUAACAAGCAGUAGCCCCAACACAGAUCUAUUUCUUACUUUCCUCCACUAAAAGUUGCUCAUUCAUUCUUGCAGUUUCCUUUUCCGUGUUUUAGCUAGAGACAGUUUGGUGUAAUGCUUAAGGCAUCAGGUAAGAAACUGGGGGACCCUGAAAUCUAGCCCCAGCUUGAACACAAAGCCAACUGGGUGAUCUUUGGACCACGUUCUCUCAGCCCUAGAAAAAUCUCGCCAAGAAAAUUGCAGAGACACGUCCAGGCAGUCUCCAAGAAUGUUUUAGAUAGUUAACAAUAAGUGCAUGAAUCCUCUUCUCUCAUGACCACUAAGUCUGCCCCUUUGAUGAGGAAAGUUGUCUAAGGCUUUUCUAAAAUUUUGAAGAGUGGAUACAAUAGGUGCGUAUAUGCAUUUUUGAAAGCUGGAUAACUCUGGAUCUGGUGUAUCCCAGGCAAUCAAAAGCAGCAUUCCCGUGACACGUUUUUCUCCUUUACAAAAGAAACAGAAAUCAAGUAAUCUUGAAGAUUGGAUGAGAUCAUCCUCUAUUUUCUGAAAAGAUUCUGCCAGCUCAGUCACCUGCCUGGAAGGCACAGAAUCCCAUAAACUGAAAGAAUGAUGUCACCAGUCAUUUCAAGAAGAGGAAGGGUAGAGUCCUCCCCUUGGGAAAUGACCACAUUUGAUUAGAGUCAGGAACAGUAGUGUGUAUGUUUGUGAGUGUGUGUAGAUGUAUUUUAGAAAAAGUGAACACACAGUUUAAAGAUGGUUUCCUGAAUCUAACAGGAGUGGCACUUGUCUCCAUGGCCAGUGUUCAGUGUCAUAUCCUUCUGAAGUCUCCAGGGGAAGGAUGGUGUGUAGGGGUGCCAGGAAAUGACAUAUUUCUGGUCUGAUGCAAAGCAAUCCCACUGGAGCAAAGGGGGGAGGUUGUGGAAAGUAUAAAUAAAGCUGUUCCCAAAACAGAUUGAGAAUUAUUCAUGAGAACACCAGUCUGAGAGAAAAUGAUGGUAGGUGGAAUUAAUACUUUUUCAAUCUUUGACAACUUUUUGAACAUUUUAUUGAAGAUACUUUUAUCCUUGCUUUUCUAUGAAAUAAUUUACUUUACCUAAAAAGAAUACUAACUAACCCACUUACCAUAAGUCAGUGAUUCUUCUUUUGUGCUUUCUAGUCAGUGUUGACUCCUGGUGACUGCCUGAACUAAUUCUUGCGGUUUUCUUGGCUAGAUUUUUGGAAGUGGUUUGCCAUUUCUUUCUUCCUAGGGUUGAGAAAAGUGAAUGACCCAAGAUCACCCUGCUAGCUUUAUGCCUAAGACAGGACUAGAAUUCACAAUUCUCCAGUUUUUAGCCUUGUGCCUUAACCACUAUUAAAUUGGCUCUCAUUAUUAUUCUACUUCAUUUUAAAUUGUCAUUCAAAGGUAUCCAGCAAAUAUUCUACAAUGUAAUAAUGUCUUGGGCUGCAGUUUAUGCUCUUGGACUUGGAAGGGAAAGGAAAGGUUUUUUUUAUAUCUAAAAAAUUGUUAUGUUUUACUGCUGAAAUAUAGAAAACUACAACCCUAGUUUUAAAAAGAUAGUGAUUAUAUAGUGAAUGUGAUAAAAACAAAAAAUAUAUAUAACAGAUUAUGGUAAAAAUUAAUUCAGGCUUAUCAUUAAAUCUUACUGACAUGGAGACUUACUACAUCACCUUCUGUUUUAAACAGAAACUUUUCAAAAUGAAACUUGUAUCCUGAAAUCAUUUCUUAAAAUCGGGAGUGUAGACAUCUUUCCAAUCACCUAAAUGUAUAAUUUUGUUGUGUCCCAAGCUUGAAAAAGCCAAAGCUUUUUAUGAAAUGACCAAUUCCAUAUUUUUGGAAUGUAAUUCAACAUCACAUUAAGACCCUUAUAUAUCACAUAUCUUUCUUUGAACUUGUGCUGGACCCCCAUAAUAUCACUUUCGUUUAGUUCUUAGCCUAGGAAUGAGACAGUUUUAAGUCCUAGCUACAUUAGUGUUAAAAUAUAUUCCCCUCUCCUUUAUUCCAAUAUUGUCCAAGGGCAACUUCAAAGUCAUCAUAAAAGUUUAAUCUUCUUCAUUAUCUUUGAGAUGUGAGGUGAAUGGCAGAGACUGAAAGACAGGUAAAUAAAGAUAGCAGAGAGAUUGAUACUGGGGCUAGCAAAUUUGAUUCCUGUAUAGUUUUCUGGGUGAAGUAUGGGAAAAAGUCAUAUAGUAUGUACAUGAGAAAGCUGAAGUCCAAAAUAGAUCAUGUUUAUUUUCACUUAGGGAUAGAUGCCUCUCUUACUGGUGAUUUGCAAGGGAGUGCAGUAAUUCAAUAGCUCUCAAAAGAUGCUACAAAAGAUAGUCCAUGAAAAGUUUCACAGGAAAGCUUACCAAGAUUUUAGGGAUUAGUUUUAGAGGGCGAUAUCAGAAGGAGCAAAAGGUCUUGGAGCAAUGAAGAGUUAAGGGGCAAGGGCUUAAAUCUCACAUUAAAAUAGGAUAUGGUUUUAUAGAAUGAGUAAAAAGCAAAUUGCCAAAUUGCUUCCCUGUAGAUAUAUUAGGAUGGCAACUCUCAGAAUUCCUGGGCAGGGCAAACUUUGCUUAGGAUUUCAGAUGCACCUGCAUGUCUCUUGGUCAAGGUAUGAGGUUGCCUUUCUUAGUGACCUUCUUUUAUUUUCCCUUCUUUUCCAUGAAGAUUAUGGAGUAUGAUGUCUUCUCCUUCAGUUUCGAUCCUACAUAUCGCUUCUACAACACACUGCUUGACCAGCAAAGCCAGCUAUGCAACCACAUCAAGAAACUCCAAAAGAUAUUACAGAGACUCAGCAAACUGAACAGAUGUUCUGUCAUUGCACAUCUAACGGGAAAUUCUUUAAGUGCAGCAGGAGCAAUUAUGGCCAUAGUGGGGCUGUCUUUGAGCCCUGCAACUCUAGGAGCCUCUCUCUUGGCUUCUGGGGUGGGUUUAGGAGUGGCGGCUGCAGGAGGGGCCGUUUCCAUUACUUCAGACCUUUCUUUAGUGUUCUGUAACUCCAAGGAGGUGAAAAGAGCAAAAAAGAUUGCACUGGCCUGUCACAAUCAGAUGAAGGAAACAAUGAAUUGCUUGGAGUUCCUGCACCGCAGUUGGAAUCCCACCGACCCUUUCUUAUUGCAGACUGAAAAAAAUGCUUGUAUUGCCCUUUAUAAUUCCACCUGCUUCCUGGUGUUCUGUGGUCCUCAGGGCUUUCUGUUGCCUGAGCACACAGAAGAGGUGACAAAAGUGAGCCAUAUCCUACUUAAGGCAAAAAUCCAGAAACUGGCCGAAAACCUAGAAGUCUGUGCAAGACACAUGGAUGAAAUCUGCAAGCUUUUAGAAAGCAGGAAAGCAUGUUCCUGGAGGACAAAAGGAUUAGUAUGAUGACAUGGGAUGAAUGGUCAGAAUGACUCUGCAAUAACACCAAGUCUUCUUGAAAAAAUGUAACCUGGGCAUAAAAAUGCUGAAUACCGGUACUGUAAUUUAAAAUUAGGAUUUUAUGUACCCAGGGAUUUUCUCUAUGCAUUUCCUAGGAUUUGCAAUUAUCUACAACCUUUUAUUUUUAUUUUGCUUUUGUUUUGCUGAUCAAUGUAACAUGCAGAAAUCAUAGUUGUAUCAGUUUGUAGCCUAUACUUUCAGCACAUUUCAAGGGAAGUUGUUUGUCACGAAGCACCAUACUUGGGGUUUCUGGGCAGGAAAAGUUUUCCAAAUGUCUGAUUGUAAGAUAGCACAGUAAGCUGAACUUUCCUUAACACAUGAAAUUUCAAUUAAUGUUUCACAAUAGGAGGAAAAUAUAGGCGGGAAUAAUUUUCAAAGCUCUGACAGUAAUUGUAUUUGAAUGCUCAAGGGGUCAUGACGGAAUAUGCCAGCAUAGACAAAAAUAUUUAGCAAGUUCAAAACCUGUUGAAGUGUUAGAAUCAGACAGAUAAGCAAAGCCUAAAUAUUUCUGAACUUUUCCUUAUGAUGUUCUCAUAGCAGAUGGAAAUUUGCCCUAUAAGUAGGGUUAGAACUGAAUCAUUUCUUUACUUUCGUUUCUAGAAUUUACGAUCUUUGUCUCAUUUGUCUUUCAUGUACUCUUUUCACACAUAUGCCAGAAUAUAUGUAAUUUUAUAUUUAUUUAUAUGGGCCAGUAUUAUUGAACUCUUUGUUUAAAAGAAUAAGAACACUGUUAACACAAGAUAAGAUAUUCUUCACUGUGUCUGAGCAACAUCUUUAAGUUGCUUGAAGUCAUUUUCUUUGCCAAUAUUUUCAUUCAAGACGUGAUAAAGAAGCCAAAUAAAAACUAGGUUGCAAACCAAGAUUCUCCCCCCCCCCGCAAACAUUCUAUUAGAAUUUCAUUUGAAGAAUUAUUUUUAAGAAAUCACCUCCUAUGCAUUUCAGAAACAUUUUACUAGAAUGUGUAAAAAUGUUUUAAGAAAAGCCUUUGCAGAUUGAAUCUUUUGAUAAAAACUGUUCUGUGUUCACUAACUUCACUGUAAAAAAUAGAUGUUCCUCUUCACUUGAUUAAUCAUCAGUUUUAUAUCUUCAAAAUAUUGUUGAAUAGAAGGCUAGGAAGAAAAAAAAAACCUAAACCAAAGAUGGUGGGAAGCUUUCCUCAAAGUCUUUUUCACAAUGGAAAAGAGAGUUAGCCAAGCAUUUUUCUUUCUUUUUCUUUUUCCCAUUUCUUUCACAAAGGAUAAGGCAUGCUGGGAUCAAAAGAUAACAGAAGAGUUGAGUUGUUGCUUUGUAACUGGAUACUGUAAACUUCCACUAUCUUAUUAUGUUUGAAAUUCAUUUUACAAGAAACUGCAAGAUUCAGCAGUCUUGAUGGAAAAACUAAGAAUUAAUUGGGAAUGAUUUUUGCACAUUACAGAACUUUUUCACACAUCUAUACAUAUACAUGCAAAUAAUUUUGUAUUAAUAGAGUUCCCAAAUCUGGACACCAGAUAGGGUCAUCUGAAGAUCUUCAGCCCAAAUCUGGUAGUAGUACAACCCGUAGCCCCCCCUAUCCCUGCAAGUGGAUGUCAGUUCUGUAAACUUUUUAAUGUUGGAAAUUAUUGUCUGGGAUGUGAUAAAUUUG